AACCAAUUUGCUUCCUCCUGUGAGUGGCUGCGGGGUUGCACCUGUGAAGCGGAGACAACCUGCUAGGAUCUUGGUAGGCGUACACCGCUCACUCCCACUCACGCGCCGACGACUAAGGCUUGUCUCCGUUGCUCAUCUAAGUUUGUCUUGAGACUGGGCUUUGAGCUGGCACUGCAGUGAAACGCCGCAGAUGAGGAAGUGCCCAAGUUUUCCUUCGGGAACUGCUCGUUUAGAGGAGUCAGGAGAAAAAGUCAUUGUUAUAUCCCAAAUUUAGAAGCCACUUAUCUUGGGAGCGUUCCGAGGUUCUAAAAAGCAAGUAACUUAUGUCAAUUUACUAAGUGUGGGAAAGUGAUCCAUAACUUCAAACAUCCGCCUCAGAGUAAACCUGAGGCAUGUGGGGACAAGUGCCAGACCCUCCGCUGCCUAUCAUGCACAGCAGAGCUUACCUCUUGCUGCAAAGAGACUUCUAUGAUCUCAAGGAGAACAAUUAUAAGGGCAUCACUGCUAGGCCUGUAAGUGAAGACAUGAUGGAAUGGGAAGUCGAAAUUGAAGGUCUAAAGAAUUCAGUCUGGCAGGAUUUAGUCUUCCAACUGACAAUACAUUUUACGUCGGAGUACAACUAUGCUCCUCCAGUUGUGAAAUUUAUAACAAUUCCUUUUCACCCAAAUGUAGACCCACAUACUGGUCAGCCCUGUAUAGACUUUUUGGACAACCCUAAGAAGUGGAAUACAAACUAUACAUUGAGCAGCAUCUUACUUGCCCUACAGGUUAUGCUUUCUAAUCCGGUGCUAGAGAAUCCAGUGAAUUUGGAAGCAGCCAGAAUACUGAUUAAAGAUGAAUCUCUGUACAGAACAAUUCUAAAACUUUUCAACCGGUCAUUACAAAUGAAAGAUGACAGCCAGGAGUUAUCUAAAGACCCACAUAAAUGUAUCGGACCAAUUAAAACAACCUCAUUUAGUGAUUACUACCAGACAUGGUCCAGAGUAGCUACAUCAAAAGCCACAGAAUACUACAGAACUCCAUUGCUCAAAGAUCCAAAUUUCAUUGGACAGUAUUACAAAUGGAAGAAAAUGGAUCUACAGCAUCAUAAAGAAUGGAAUUUAAAGUAUUCUGUUAUCAAGUGUUGGCUUGCUAGAAAAAAUAGAAUGCCUCACGAAGUCAAACACUCAAUGGAGGGAAUUAAGCUCUGCCCAACUCAAAAUGAAAUUUUUCUUGAGUCACCAACUGCAAUAAAUAGCGUCACAAACAUUUAUGAAACAGAAGACGAGGGGUGGAAGAGUGACACUUCAUUAUAUGAAAAUGACAUAGAUGAGCCCAGGGAAGAGGAAGUGGAAGAUCUAAUCUCCUGGACCAACACUCUCAAUACAAAUACUUUAGAAGAUUAAGCAGAACAUUAUCAGAUUAAAAAACUAAACAGCCUCCGCCAUAGCCCAGUGUUGUGGAGCAGUUUUGGAAGACUCUCAGAACUUGGAUUUCAUUUUUUUCAGGCUGUUCUCACCCGCUCACUGCAAGUACAAGCAAGUACAAAUUAGAAAUAUAAGUACAAAUCAGUAAA